CUACCUUCCACAAGUUCCUACCAAUAAGCGCACGGCAAUUCUGACGAUGACCAAUGGCUGUGUCCCUAGACAAAUCUGCGCAGACUUUUGAAGGACUGUCCAGUUGAAAAAAAGUAUCCUGGAGCUGCAAAUCCGGAGAGAGAAAGCAGUGUUUCGUCAAUGGAAGGCAUAAAGAGAAAUGGGUAGAAUUUCUAAUUCAUUCUGAAUAAAUAUAGUAGGCUAGGCUACUUAUUACAAACGAAUAGUUGUUGUAUCACGCGCAAAGUAAUAAGACUUUAUAACCACGUUAUAAGAUAUAUCUUGGUGAGGUUUGAGUUUGCCAUUAUUCAGUUCAACGAUUGAUAAAUGAAUGGCUUUGAUAGUGACUGAUCGGAGGUGCAAAUUGAACGGGUCAUCGACAAUUUACGGUAGGAUUGGCACAAGAAGAGAAGGCAAGACAAGCAGAACCGGUAAAAUGCAGCCUAAAGACACGGAAUAUUCAACAGAUGGGUUACCCAAAGCAUUUUUACACAGUUUGAGGACACUCUUUGACAUCCUUGAUGACGGGAAGAGAGGGUAUGUGCACAUAUCGGAGAUUGAGAGUCGAUGGCAAGGGGCAGAUACUCAUGAUUUGCCCGGCGGGGUGCUGGAGUGCCUGAGGCGGGCGGCCCCACCGCAUGGUUGCCUGACAUUUGAGCGCUUCGUGGCGGGGUUGCGAUACUCCAUGCUGAACCCGGACAACAACAACCAAAUGAAGGGCCCGUCUGCCGUGCACCCGGAACACCCGCACUCUAAACAGCACCAUCUGCCAGCGCAAAAAACAGCCCCGCUUUCUGCCUGCUCGGUCGGAACUCGGAUUGAAAACAAAGUUAUUCCACUGGAUCCGAGCAACGGGACCAACAAAACGCAUCACAACCGCGCGUCCUCACUUCAGAGUCGGUCCAGACAUGAGGAGGGGAACACUGGAUACCCAGUCACCUCUGCCGCAGGUGGCCCCGUGCGGUACACCAAUGCGGGUUAUGAGAGAUCAGGCAGAAGUUUGGAACGGAUUCCCAUUGUGCUCGAAAGCGGUUCGUAUCGAGAAGAUUCGGUUCGAAUGGUGAAGCAAGCUCAUCCACAGCAGAUUCGGGUGAGGUCCAUAGAGUCCCUUGCGCUCGAGUCACCAAGCCUCCAAAAACCAAGUAUUGUGGAGGCUGGUUUGCCGAGGUCCCAGAGUGAAUCAGCCACAGGAUUCACUGCCUCCAGACGCCAUGGGCGGAGCCGGGAUGAGCAGAGACGCCACACCAUCACCAACGGAGUGGGUUAUGGAAUGCUGAAGCAGAUGAAGGAGUUGGAACAGGAGAAGGACUCUCUGCUGGCUGGUCUGGAGGUGGUGGAGCGUGCUAGAGAGUGGUACCAGAACCAGAUCCACAAUGUCACAGAGAGACAGAGACACGUGGGUCAGAGCAACCACUGCACGGAUUUCUUCACAGAAUCCCAGAAUCAAAGUCGCAUGGAUGUUCUGCUUCCCAAGCUGCAGGAAGCCAACCGCUGCCUUAAUGACCUCAUUUCCUGCUCUGGAAUGUCUUUCCCAUUCUCUGGCACCCAGCCAACAGCAAUCUCCUCCAGCUCCCAGCCUCCUGCCACUGCCCCACCACAAGCCAUUCAGAGACUGAAGGACCAGAACCGCCUUCUCACCCAGGAGGUGACUGAUAAGAGUGAGCGCAUCACUCAGCUGGAGCAGGAGAAGUCUGCUCUGAUCAAACAGCUGUUUGAGGCUCGCGCCCGGAGCACGCAUGACAGCAGCACCAUGGACUCCACCUUCAUCUGAAUACAGACACCAUAAUACAACUGUAGUGGUCUCCAGCUCUAUCUGACCCCCCCUCACAACAAGACAACUGUAUCAGACUCAACUCACCACUCCUGGCAUGAUGAAAGCACCUUGAACUUUGACCCCCCACUUGACCACACCCUUUGGAUCUCACCAACUGACAACUCCACAUAAAAUGGCCUGCACACUAAUCUGGGCCGACCUCUCCCAGAGGAGAGGGACUCCCGACUCUCCACCGUCCUCUGAUACCUCACCCACUGGGCAGAAAGCCUGGAACACCAUAGUCUAACCAUUCCUAACUGGGACCUGCCCAGGAUUCUACUCCCCCUCAAAAUACUCCAAGGAUCUAUUGUGAUCCACUAGGAUCCUACCUUAUUGGACCAGACUUUACCAGACUUUCCAGACUUCCCUCCCAUCACAGUAUAAGCUAUGUGAUUGGACAUCAUGAACUAAAUCUCAAACCCCUACAUGGAGCUACUGGAUCCCUGACAUUCAUCAUGACAACAGCUCCUGUACAAAUGCAUUAGUUGGAGGGGUUCCAUUGGACACACACCACACAAAAUGUAUUUAUUUUAUGAAACAUUUAUUCCAGAUACUUUGAUCUCAGUCAUACUUUGGUAGAUAUUUCUCCCCUUGUAUUCCAAUAUAUCCACUUGUGUAUCUCAAACCUAAGUGAAAUGGGCUCUCCUGACCUGGAGGAGCUUACUGGUUUCUAGAGAGCUUUUCCCAUCCCUGGGUGCCGAAGACGUGGAUGUCGAUUAAGGCAGCCCCCCGCACCUCUCUGAUUCAGAGGGGUUUGGUUAAAUGCGGAAGACACAUUUCAGUUGAAUACAUUCAGUUGGACAACUGACUAGGUAUCCCCCUUUCCCUAAGGAUGACAACAUGACUGUAUAGUAUAUAAUUUACUAUUUGUCACUCUUUGUACCCUUAAGUGAGCCAAAUACACAUGAUGUGAAGCACUAGUAUAUAUAGUCUAUUAUAAACUGGGUGGUUUAAACCCUGAAUGCUGAUUGGCUGACAGCUAUGGUAUAUCAGACCGUAUACCACGGGUAUGACAAAACAUUUAUUUGUACUGCUCUAAUUACGUUGGUAACCAGUUUAUAAUAGCAAUAAGACACCUUGGGGGUUGGUGGUAUAUGGCCAAUAUACCAAGGCUAAGGGCUAUAUCCAGGCACGCUUUGCGUCGUGCGUAAGAACAGCCCUUAGCCGUGGUAUAUUGUCCAUAUACCACACCCCCUCAGGCCUUAUUGCUUAAUUACCCAUCAUCUUAAGAGUAUAACAGAAGCGCAGCAUGUAACUGUUGUUUUGUUUCCCUUGAAGGGAAUGUAUUGAGAGCACUAGAAAAGUGACACAUGUCCUACAAGCCAAGGAGACCUAGUAGAGGAGAGGGUAGGAGAGAAGUUUGCACGUAGAAGAGACUUGAAGAUGAGAAGGAUUGGUAUUUUCUGAAUGUGUUUGAGCCCUGGUCCCUGGUGGCAGAGGGACCACUGGAACGGGACAGGGUUCAGAGAAGAGUAAUGUUGGAUUGGCUAGUGGGAAAAAACGAGUCCUCCUUGAUUGAUAGACUUCAAAUGUAAUGUAAUGUGCUGUAAUGAUUCAUGCGAGACUGGCUUUAUAGUGCGACUUCCUCUCUGCCUUCCUACAGAGGUGUCUCAGAGCCUUUGUGUCAAAAAUGAGUAAUGCCAUGUUAGUACAGGAUGAACAGAAUGUGCUUUGUGAGACCUGGCUCGCUGAGAGGUUAAAACCAAGCAUAUGUACUGCUGCUCUUUCAAUGCUGUGCUCAUAAUGGUCCCAACCGAACCAGAAUCUAAACCAGUGGCCUCAUAAACCACAUAGUCAACUGGGCCCAUUCAAUCUUGAAUCCUCUUACAUUUCUAAUUGAGAAGAUGUUUUUUUAAUGGCAGUAAUUGCUAUUUAACGUAACUAUGUAAUGAUUUUGCAACGCAACUCCUAUUAGGUACUGUUGUGAAGUCUGCAUAUAAAUACUCUCUGCUGUGACUGACUGCCUA